UUUUCAAACCGCAGGGAGAGACGAUUAGCCACAACCAAAGCCACCCUCCCUAUGCGCAAAGGGCCACAAACAAACGUGUGGAUCUGUAGAGACGAGCCACUUAUCUUGGUUGCCUUUUCACCUCCCUUUCCCCUUCAGCCAUGUUCUUGUUCUCACUUCUCAUAGAUUCACCCACCCCAUUUCUCCAUUUUCGUCGGACCUUCAAUACUAUUUUGGCAAUUUCAAAACCCAUCUCCGGAAUUUCCCGUUUCAACCGAAGAUGUCUCUAGUCGCUAAGCUCCACCUCGCCACUUCUCCCCAAAUCAGCCUCAAUACCCUCCAAACUACAAUAAAAAGAACACCUGUACCCGUUGCCACUUACUAUACCAAGAUUAAAUCCAAACCCAUUUACGUUUCUGAGUCUUUGGGGUUUAAACCCGCAAUGCAGGGCUAUUCGCCUCGUUCUCUGCGCUCUUCGAUCAAGUGCUCGCUGAUCGAGCCUGAUGGUGGGGCUGUUGUCGAGUUGAUUGUGCCCGAGAGUGAAAGGGCUUCGAGGGUUUUGGAGGCCGAAUCAUUGCCGAAGGUGAAAUUGACCCGAAUUGAUCUCGAGUGGGUUCAUGUCAUUAGUGAAGGAUGGGCGAGCCCAUUGAAAGGGUUCAUGCGAGAGGAGGAGUAUUUGCAGAGUUUGCAUUUCAAUUGCUUGAAAAUUAAAGAUGGGUCUCUUGUCAACAUGUCGCUUCCCAUUGUUCUUGCCAUCGGCGACGAUGUUAAGGAACAAAUUGGGUCCUCACCCAAUGUGGGGUUGCUCGGUCCCAAUGGAGAUUUGGUCGGCAUUCUUCGCAGCAUUGAGAUAUUCAAGCAUAACAAGGAAGAGAGAAUAGCUAGAACUUGGGGAACAACUGCACCAGGGCUGCCAUAUGUUGAUGAAGUCAUUACAAAUGCUGGAAACUGGCUCAUUGGUGGAGAUCUUGAGGUAAUAAACCCCAUCAAAUACAACGAUGGACUUGAUCAUUAUAGGCUCUCUCCGAAACAGCUACGACAAGAGUUCGAUAGGCGUCAGGCCGAUGCUGUUUUCGCCUUCCAGUUGAGGAACCCUGUGCAUAAUGGACACGCUUUGUUAAUGAACGAUACACGUAAACGACUUCUCGACAUGGGUUACAAGAAUCCAAUUCUAUUGCUUCAUCCUUUGGGAGGUUUUACAAAAGCAGAUGAUGUGCCAUUGGAUGUUCGAAUGGAGCAACAUAGCAAGGUUUUAGAAGAUGGAGUCCUUGACCCCGAAACAACCAUCGUGUCCAUUUUCCCGUCACCGAUGCAUUACGCCGGUCCUACUGAAGUACAAUGGCAUGCUAAAGCAAGGAUCAACGCAGGUGCAAAUUUCUACAUUGUUGGUCGAGACCCUGCUGGAAUGGGGCACCCAACAGAGAAGAGAGAUCUAUAUGAUCCAGACCAUGGCAAGAAGGUCUUAAGUAUGGCCCCUGGGCUUGAGAAGCUAAACAUAUUGCCCUUCAAGGUGGCUGCAUAUGAUACUGUGGCAAAGGAGAUGGCGUUCUUCGACCCUUCACGAGCAAAAGAUUUCCUCUUCAUCUCCGGAACAAAGAUGCGAACUUUCGCAAGGACCGGCGAGAACCCUCCCGACGGUUUCAUGUGCCCCGGCGGAUGGAAGGUGUUGGUGAACUACUACAAGAGCUUGCAGGCCGAAGAUGCGACAUCGCAGCAACCAGCAUUGUCAGUUUAGGAAGAUAGUUUGAGUUGAAAUGAAUUAGUCUGAGGAAGCUGCCGGGGAUUGAGUAGAAGAACAGAAUGCAACUUCAAUUGUGGAUAGCGAAAGCUUUGUUCUAUUCUCGGUUUUUUUUUAUGCUGGUUUGGAAUCCUUAUCCUUUCUAAUGUCUUUAAGAUAUGGUUGUAACAGUGAAUUGUUUCUUCACUUGUGAGAUGAUAUAAUGGUUUAAAUUAAUUGCCAA